CGAUAACCAUUCCCGGUCGCUCUCCGGUCUACCCUAGCGCCCCCGGCCGAAUCCAGUUCGCUCCUUCAGUCGCCGCGCCACGCACUGUUCCUGCACCAACUUGCCCUCGUUUUAAAGGCCGCCGCGCGCGUUCUUCCCCUGCUUGCCAGCAACCUCCCAGUCCCAGCUCCCUUCUUCCCCCACUCACCCUUCCUCCUCACCUGCUUCUUCCACCGAUCAUCAGCUCACACAAACACCACAGAGAGGGAAAGAGGAGAGAGAGGGAAGAAGGUGAAGGAGGCUCUGCAGAUUUAUUUCAGUCCGCGGCGAAAUUCAGUUCAGAAGCGGGCAGAACGAACAGUCAGUUCCAUGCUCAUCAUCUCCUGCUGCCUCGCUCUGCAGAUUCAGUCAGAGCUUCAGCGAUCGAGCCGGGCGUGCUGCGUGUUCCGUGGGAUGCUCGCGGCGGCGGUGGUCUGAGCCAUGAACCAGUACGUCCCUGACUGGAGCAGCAGCAUGGGGGACGCCUUCGCGACAUUGAACGGCGGCGACGACGACGGGCUCAUGGAGCUGCUCUGGUGCAACGGCCACGUGGUCAUGCAGAGCCAGGCGCCGAGGAAGCCGACGAGGCCCGAGAAGGUUGCGGCGGCGGCGGCGGCGGCGGCGGCGCAGGACGACGAGGCGGCGGCGUGGUUCCAGUACCCUGCGGAGGACGCGCUGGAGAGGGACCUAUUCACGGAGCUCUUCGGGGAGGCGCAGGCGGCCGACGCCGGCAGCGGCAGGGCGUGCAAGGAGGAGGCGGAGUGCGGGGGCGAGGCCGCGGCCCGCCGGAGCGGGCUGAUGCCGCCGCCGUGGGAGAAGGAGUGCCCGGGGGAGCUCGGCGACGUGGCCGCCGGCGGCGAGUGCACGGCGACGGCGACGGAGGCCGGCGAGUCGUCCAUGCUGACGGUCGGGUCGAGCUUCUGCGGGAGCAACCACGUGCAGACGCCGCGCGCCCGCGCCACAUGCGGCGGCGCGGCGGCGCCGGGGGCCGCGGGGAAGGCCGGUGGCAGCGCCCGCGACGCGGCGACGGUGACCUCGUCGUCGAUGCGGCCGAGGUCCUGCACCACCAAGGCCGGGCAGCCCAGCGCUACCGCCCACCGGAGCGGCAAGCGGAGGCCGAGCGAUGCCACGGAGACCGAGGUACGCGUGCCGCCGAUUGCGAUCAAUCCACCUUGUGUACCGGAUCAAUCGAUGACAUUGACACGGCCAAAAAUUCAGGACGCGGAGUUCGAGUCCGCCGACGCGACGUGCGAGCCGGCGCAGAAGCUGACGACGGCCAAGCGGCGGCGAGCUGCCGAAGUCCACAACCUCUCGGAGCGGAGAAGAAGGGACAGGAUCAACGAGAAGAUGAAGACCCUGCAGGAGCUCAUUCCUCACUGCAACAAAACGGACAAGGCGUCGAUGCUGGACGAGGCGAUCGAGUACCUCAAGUCUCUGCAGCUCCAGCUGCAGAUGGGCGGCGGGAUGGCAGCGGCGGCGGCGCCGGUGAUGUUCCCGGCGGGGGUGCACCAGUACAUGCAGCGGAUGGUGGCCCCUUCCCACGUGGCGUCCAUGCCCAGGAUGCCGUUCAUGGCGCCGCCGGCCGUGCAGAGCCCGCCGGGGGCCGACCCCUACGCGCGCUACCUCGCCGUCGACCACCUGCAGCCGCCGCCACCACCGCCGGCCCCCAUGCAUUACCUGCAGGGGAUGGGCUUCUACCAGCAGCAGCAGAGCUCGGCGCCGCCACCACCCGCCGUGCCGGCCGGCAGCCUGCCGGCGGCGACUUCACGGACGUCGCCUCCCGACGGCCCCCUGCACAAAAAAUACGAAAGUUGUGGCAUGCCUGAGAUCCAGGGUAUCACCAGCUGAUGGGGGUUCUACAUGUUUCUGUAGCUAGUAAUAGUACUGAUGCUGUAAGGUUAAGACUUGACCGAGGUCGAUAUCUAAUUAAUCAUAGGGAAAUUUGAGAUUUGUUCAAUCCCUUGACUGAUUAAGUCACUCUUUUUUCCGUUUAUAGGCAGUGUAGUAAUUUGAUCGGUGAUUGAGAUUCUUUAUCGCUAUAUAUGCAUUUUGUCUUUUGAAGAGAACCUGAAUCUCCAGCAAAAUGUGGAUAUGUACUGAAAGGUGUUGUGUUCCA